GUGACGACGAGGCGGAUGCACUGAUUGGGUGCCGCUGGGCAGCGCUGAGGCAGGAGGGGCACGCGCUGGAACAGCAGGCGGGGCAGCUGGGUGGUUCUUUACCGAACACGCAGGAGGUGCAGCGCAUCCGCUCGUUCCUGCGGUGGGCGCAGCGCGAGGGUGUUCUCCCCAUGCCCCCCCACGCCACAGUGGCACUGCCGGUCCGUGAACAGCACGGGACUUUAUGCACAAGUGUGGACGGCAAGACGGUCCGGUGGCAUCUCUUCACAGAUCGAGAGGUGGGCAUCGCCUCCGCCUUUGAUCACCUCCAGGUGGCGCUCGUCGGGCUCCCGGGGGCGCGUCUGGCACGGGGGGUCAAAGUUCCGCAGCUGCCAUGGAUGGGGAUCAUAGCCAGAGGGGGCCCGUCAUACGCUUCGGCAGCAGUGGUCUGGGACAAGGCGCAGCUCCCCGAGCUGAGGGAAGUAGUCGAGGUGGGCUCGGACCGGCGUCUCUGGGUCACCCACCGAGACGCGGGCGGCGUCGCCUGGUACAUUUGCACCCUCUACCUGCCCCCUCUACCCAAGUCAGGCUGCGAUGUUGACUGGCACGCCCAACUGGAGGGGCUCAGCGAGGACAUCAAGGAGGUCUGCGGUGGAAGCCCGAGGGCGCCCCUCUCCAUUCCAAUUGUCCUGAUGGGUGACAUCAAUAUGCAACCCGCGGCCCUGGGAGGUGACCGGGAGCCAGCCAGGGCGAGGGACAGGAUGCCCCGCUGGUGGCUGGACGGGCCCGCCUGGGCAUCAGGGUUGGCGGCGUCGGCGGGGGCGUUCCGGAGUCUGGAGGGCCUCCUACGGUCGGUUUGCACGGGGCAAGGUCGAGGGGUGUACGGGGCUAGGCUGCAUCGGGCGGCUGCGCAGUGGCUCUGUGAUGCCUUGGCGUGGCUGCUCCACAUCAUCCUGGCCCUUGCCAUGUCGGGGUGGGUGGUCCCGGCAGAUGCAGGCUCUCGCUACCGGAGGAAGCUUGCAGGGGGAAAGGGGUCGCAACGGCCACUGGGCAACCAGAUCCGGGCGGCUCUCGAAGAGGGGGGUGCGCCUGCGGACAAGGUUGCCCGCUGCCUCCGGGUCCUGGAGCCUGCUGCAAUCCAGCCGGCACCGUGCCUAAAGGUAGGGGAGGUGGCCCUCUCGCCGGCGGACUCGCUUGCAGCAUGGUGCGCGCAGACCCGGGAUCAGUCGCGGUGGCCAGGUGCGUGGGACGCGCAGAGGCACGACAUGGUCCAGGGCGUGGUGCG